CGCCCGCGCGCCGGCGUCGGCUGCGUCUCCGGCAUUUGAAUUGCGCUUCCGCCAUCUUUCCAGCCUCAGUCGGACGGGCGCGGAGACGCUUCUGGAAGAAGACGCCGCGAUGGCCGCGCAGGGAGAGCCCCAAGUGCAGUUCAAACUGGUGCUGGUCGGCGACGGCGGCACCGGGAAGACGACCUUCGUGAAGCGCCACCUGACCGGCGAGUUCGAGAAGAAGUAUGUAGCCACGCUGGGCGUCGAGGUGCACCCGCUCGUGUUCCACACCAACCGGGGCCCCAUCAAGUUCAACGUCUGGGACACGGCCGGCCAGGAGAAGUUCGGCGGCCUGCGGGACGGCUACUACAUCCAAGCCCAGUGUGCCAUCAUAAUGUUCGAUGUGACAUCCAGAGUGACCUACAAGAACGUGCCGAACUGGCAUAGAGACCUGGUGCGCGUGUGUGAAAACAUCCCCAUCGUGCUGUGUGGCAACAAAGUGGACAUCAAGGACAGGAAAGUUAAGGCAAAGUCCAUUGUCUUCCACCGAAAGAAGAAUCUUCAGUACUAUGAUAUUUCGGCCAAAAGUAACUACAACUUUGAAAAGCCCUUCCUCUGGCUUGCCAGAAAGCUCAUCGGAGACCCCAACUUGGAGUUCGUGGCCAUGCCCGCUCUUGCCCCACCAGAGGUGGUCAUGGACCCGGCCUUGGCGGCGCAGUAUGAGCAUGACUUAGAGGUUGCUCAGACGACUGCUCUCCCCGACGAGGACGACGACCUGUGAGUGCGUGAAGCUGGAGCCCGGCGUCAGAAGUCUAGUUUUAUAGGCAACUGUCCUGUGAUGUCAGCGGUGCAGCGUGUGUGCCACUCUUAUUACCUAGCUAAGCAGAACAUGUGCUUCAUCUGUGGGAUGCUGAAGGAGAUGAAUGGGCUUCGGAGUGAAUGUGGCAGUUUAAAAAAAUACCUUCAUUUUUUUGGACCUCUGCAUAUUUAGCUGUUUUGGAACGCAGUUGUUCUCUCUCAAGUUUCAAAUCCAAGACUGCUAACAGUCACAUCACAACAUUCAGUGGUGGACUCUUGUUUGUUACUGUCAUUCCCAUUCCUUUUCGUUUAGAAUCAGAAUAAAGUUGUAUUUCAAAUAUCUCAGCAAGCGAACUCAUCCCUUGUUUAUGAGCAUUUUAAAAUCACUGGAAUUGGAAAACAAUGCCAUGUUAUGAUUAAAUCAGGUUACCUGUUAACUGCCGGUUAAUUGGAAAUCUAUAAUUUCUCCUUAUGUCUACUUUGUAUGUAUUUGAAUCAUGUCACAAAACUAGGCAUGACAGGCAAUGAGUUGAGGUAGAAGUGUUAGUCUGGUUCAUCUUGGCCAGGUGGUGUCCCUGGGGAAGACCUGUCAAACAAGUGAUGGGUGAUUUGUACAUACAAGUAGCUAUUUUAAGCGUUAUAGUUGCUUUUACGACAAAGGAAACCAUGUUUUAAUGUACACCUUCAAAUUUGGACAGUGUGGUUCAUAAUGGCAGCUUGAGAGGGUUCUCUAUUAAAAAAUGAAAAUAAAUUUGUAUUUGAUUUUUGUUUAAAUGUCAGGUGUUUAAAUGUGAAGUUGAUAAUUCUAGGGGGAUGUCCCGAUGCUGCUCACAAGGUUCCCAAGCUUUAAAGAAGUCUUGAAUGGGUGAGGACACUCAGUGUCGGGUGAUGGAGUGGAGGGUGUCUAGAGGCAAGAGGGUGAAGAGAACAGGAACAGUGGCAGUGGGGAGCAGGUUCCAGAAUUGGCUUCUGUUGGACUGAGCCUUUAGUCUGUCUGCGUCAGGUGUCCUCCUCCAUGAGUUGAGGCCUCCUUACUCCAGGAGUUGGUCCUGUAACUGGGGAGUCAAACAAGCGCCGGGCUCCACCCUGGUCCAGUUCCCCAAGCUUUCCUUAGGUGUCCUUAGACAGUUACCUUCUCAGCUUAACGGGUAGAGAGGGUCGUUUAAAUGGGGAAGUGGGACGGGUGAAAGUAAUACCAUACAACUUAGCUUCUGUAUAAACUGGCAUCAAUAGAUUUCAUUUAAAGAUCUGAAUCGCUGUGUAUGCUAUGCUAUAUUCAGAACCAGAGUUCAUCAGCCUGUGUGAGAUGUGAAGUUUUUUCCCCAUAAUUGGGAUGAUCAUUCAGAAAUUUUGAAUUGAAUAUAAGGUAUAUGUGAUGUUUGUAACCUUAUGUAGAAUGCAAGUACCAUAUUGAUAAUUCUGGAUCCUAUUAUGUAACAGUUAAAAUUUGGAAGCUUUGUUUAACAGGUGGGAAAGGAUUUACAGAUCAUUGGAAGAAAUAAUUAUUGCAAAAUAUAUUGCUUCUACUCUGCCUGGA